GCAUCAACAAGCGUAAGCUCGCGCCGAACCCGCGAUGGAAGCCCUUGGCGAUCUCUCGGACCUGCUGCCGACGGCCCUGAGCAGCAUGACGUCCCCGGUCCAUGCGCCUGCGGGAACUACCUCCCAUGGACCCAUGGAGGUCGCGGACGACGACGAUGCCAUGGACGACGACGACGUCGUGCCGGUCGAUGCACCCGCGGCCAAGGAAGACGAGUACAUUCCCGACAUCUCGCAGUGGAGCUCGGACGAGGAAGAGGAAGUGGACGAAGAGGAGGAGAACCCAAAGGCGCCCAAGUCGCGCCGGAAGAAGCGUCUCCAUGACAUUCUUGAAGAAGACGAGCUUGACGACGAGACCAUCAUGGCCCGCGAGAUGGAGAAGGAGCGCAUGAAGCGCUUCCGCGCAGAAGAGUCGAACGACAAGCCCGACUUUGGAUGGACCGCCGACGGGAAGCUGUGCAUCAACCCACUGGAAGACGGGUCAAUCCCAACUGGCAAGAUUGGUGAAGACAACGAACCGAUCUUGAUCCACCCCGACAUCUCCAAGGCGCUCAAGCCUCACCAGAUCAAGGGCGUGCGAUUCUUGUGGAGCCACAUCUCGAUCGGUCCCAAGGGCUUUGGCUGCAUUCUCGCGGACUUUAUGGGUCUGGGCAAGACGCUACAGGUCGUCGCGACCGUGCAUACGUUCCUCAACGCGAUGGUUAUGGAGGACGGCGUCAGCGUCGCCAAAUACAACUCGGCGUUGAUCCUCGCGCCCGCGAUUUGCGUGCGCAACUGGGAAGCGGAAUUCAAGAAGUGGCUGUCGCCGCGCGACGUUCGCCGCAUGGGUCUCACGACGCUCGAGUCGGACAAGAACAUGCAGGAGCGCGUCGACACGAUCCUCCAGUGGCAGCAACAUGGCGGCGUUAUUAUCAUGGGCUACGAAAUGUACCGUGGGCUUGUCUUGCAAGCAACUGGCGAAGAGAAAGCCAAGACGAACAAGUACACGCUACGUCUCCAAAACCAGCUCAAGGAUGCCUACGAAGCGCUCUGCGCCCCGGGACCCGACCUCAUCGUGCUCGACGAGGGUCAUCGCAUCCGUGACGCCAAGUCCAAGCUCGUGCGCGCCCUUACUCAUGUCGAGACGAAGCGCCGCAUCAUUCUCACGGGGUACCCCCUCCAGAACCACCUGAUGGAGUACUGGACCAUGGUCAACUUUGCACGUCCAAACUUUCUUGGUUCCCAAGCCGAAUUUAAGAACCGGUUCGUGUUCCCGAUUGAGAACGGCGGCUUCGAAGACAGUACGCCCGAGGACAUGGCGCUGAGCCGAAAGCGAACGUACGUGCUCACAAGGGAGCUCGGCCCGCUCGUGCUUCGACGCGACGCCUCGUACCUGCAUGCGCAGCUCCCGCCCAAGCACGAAUACGUCAUGCUGUGCAAGCUCUCGACGCUUCAGAUCCAGAUCUACAAGGCGUUUCUCCGCGAAGGCGUCCCGAAGGGCUCAAAGCUCAAGCAAGUCGAUGUGCUCGGUGGCUAUCAUAUUACACUCGCGAUUUCCAACCACCCAGACGUCGUCUACAACUCGAUGAAGCAGCUCAACGACGGAAACGCCAAGGACGCGGCGCCCAGCGCGGCGGCGACGCCAUCGACACUUGACGACGGGGGUGACGACAGUGACAUUGAAGCCAUGGAAGCCAUCACGCGCACGAUGGAGCAUCGCUUGAGCUUUGCGGAACCGCUCUUGCCGCCGACGUAUGUGACGGGCAUUGCGGAGAACUCGGGGAAGAUGCUCAUGCUUCUCCACAUUUUGCGCGCGUGCCGUGAGAUUGGCGAUCGCGUCACGGUGUUUACGCAGAGCAUCACGUCCAUGAACGUGAUCGAGUCGAUGCUCAGCGAGUACAACGCCAAGAAGAAGACGUUCGACAAGAUCCACUCGAUUCGUAUCGAUGGUAGCACGUCGCAGCAACUGCGCUUCCAACGCAUCUCCAUGUUCAACGACCCGUGCGAAGAAGUUGACGUCAUCUUGAUCUCGACCAAAGCCGGCGGCGAAGGUGUCAAUCUCUGUGGCGGCAACCGCGUCGUCAUCUUUGACGUGUGCUGGAACCCGUGCCACGACGCUCAGUCGAUGUGUCGGUCGUACCGCUUCGGGCAGCUGAAGCCGGUGUAUGUUUACCGACUUAUCGCUGCUGGCACGAUGGAGAAGAAGGUGUAUGACCUCCAAGUGCGCAAGGAAGGCGUGAGCAAGCGCGUCGUGGACAACACAGCGCUUGAGCGCAAGUUCCACCGCGACGACAUCAAAAAGUACUUUUGCAUCCAAGAGUUCAAGAAGGCCCAACAACAGACGGCGUCGGUGGACCCGGACGAAGUCAUGGCCAAGAUGAAGCACCACGCGACGAAGGACGCGGUGCUGCAGGGCCUCCUGGACGAAAAGUCCCAGUGGUUGGUCGACUGCUACGAGCAGGAGACGAUGUUUGAGGAAAACUUAAACGAGCGCAUCUCGGAAAUCGAGCAAGAAGAAGCGCUGCGCCAGUUUGCGAUGGAGAAAGCGUGCCGAGAUAUCGUCGGCUACUCGCUCGGUGACUCACACCUCAAGGUCGCCCUCUGCCCACAGUGCAACCAUUCAAACGACAUUACUGGCGUCGAAGCGGAUGUGUCGUCGAUCAUCUGCGCCGAGUGCGAAACCCCGAUCGACGUUUCUGACGCCAACAACGUCGUCACGGUGAACCGCGCGACGCACGACGCCGUCUCGGCGAGUGCACGCGUGUCGGCACCCAUGUUUCCCGACGUCUUCAACAGCCAUAUGCCGACUCCGCAAGUAAACCCGGAACUGCAAGCGCAACUCAUGCUGUUGCGCGCACAGAACGCACUGAAUGCGCAACAAGCUAAUCAAAAUUUGCAGGCGGCAGCGAUGUUGGCUUUCCAAGGUGGCGCGCGCGCAUUGCCAGCGACGUUGCAGAGUGUUGCCGCCCCCAUUGCCACCCAAGCGGUUCCUCUGCAGCGACGAAUCCUCUUUUUGCGGAAAGGCCUCAACCGCGACGUUGUCGAUACGCUGAAGAACCAAGCGUCCGCCGUCUUGAAGUGCCACUUUGAUGUCGAGUUGUUGCCGUCAACAACCGACGUUGUCUCGGCCUUGCCGCUCCCCAACGUGCUGAGCUGGCUGCGAGUUCCAGGUCUUCCGUCCAACACAACGUAUCGCAGCGUCGAGUGGCUCCAAGACGAAAUCAAGAAAUCCCAGAGCACCGACCGUGCGCAAUAAAGUAGACUCAAUGACCACAAUUUUAUCACGACG